AUGGAUUUGUUGGACGCUGAUUUAAUAAAUAAACAAAAUAUAUUUAUUAAAUAUGAAAUAAAUAUAUCCAUUGAUGAUGAUUUUUAUAUAACAUAUUUUCAUUCAUUUUCUAUUAUAUUUAAAUAUCGAUUUAUAUUAUGUCGACGAGGACAUCUUAUUGAUAAUAAUGAUAAUAAUAAAUAUUCAUAUUAUUCUAUAUCAUUAAACAAUUUAUCGAUGAAAAACAUUGAGAUAAAAAUGUUAAUUGUAAACGAUCCAUAUGUUGAUAAUAAUUAA